GUCAGGGAUGACAGGACUAUAAGACAGGAGCUCGCUUUUCCUUUGAAAGAAAUGGAUUUGGAAAGCGAGGAUAACCAGAAAAGUAAAGUUGGAGGUUCUGGUUCAGAAACCGGUGUUGACCCACUGACUCCAGUAUUGCGCAUCAGCCAGCUGGAUGCCCUUGAGCUGGACACAGCCCUCGAGCAGCUGGUAUGGACCCAGUUCUCCCAAUGCUUCCAGAAUUGCCGACCGGGCCUGCUCACCCCGUUGGAGCCAGAACUGAGGGCCCUCCUUCAGCUGCUCCUGUGGAGGUUCACACUGUAUUCCAGCAGCACCACUGUGGGCCAGUCUUUACUGAGCCUGCGCUACCACAACAACCUUUCCUCAUCGCCCUCUUACAGGCUACUGUCCCGCAGGCAGAAGUUAAGUCUAGCUCUGCUCACAGCAGGUCCCCGCUGGCUCCAGGAGCGCUCCCACAGCCUGCUGCUUUGCUUAGGUUUAAGUUCAGGAGGGCCUGUCUCUGAAAUUGGUAGCGGGAUUCUCCAAAAAGGUCUCCGCAAUUGCUUGACUCUCAUUUCUAGUAUCGCCCAGCUCGCAAGCCUUGUCAAUUUCCUUGUGUUCCUCAGGAAAGGUCACCACCCUGUCCUGGCUGAAAGGAUCGUGGGAGCUCGGGCCGUUUUCAGCAAGCCUAAUGUGACCCGGGACAUAACCUACCAGUACAUGAACCGAGAGCUGCUGUGGCACGGCUUUGCUGAGUUCCUCAUCUUCCUCUUGCCGCUGAUCAAUACGAGGAAACUGAAGACAACAGUGUGUUCGAUUCUGCUAGGGGGAGAAAGUGCAGGUGGGGAUGGCGGGAGGGAUGGGCAAGGGGUGUGGAAAGAGUGCGGCCUGUGUGGAGAGUGGCCGACCAUGCCUCAUAUGGUGGGCUGCCAGCAUGUUUUCUGCUACUACUGCAUCAAAAGUUACAGUAUAGCAAACACUUACAUCACCUGUCCCAAGUGUGGCGAGGAGGCAGGGCAGCUGGAGCCGGCGAAGAUGGAGGUAGAAAUGGUUGGCAGGUUAUGAUUCCGGCUAUGUUGGAAGUAGGAAUGACUUUGUUUUAAAUUGCAGGGAUUUACUAAUAUUUAAAUUACAGUACAUAUAUGCAGUGACUAGAUUCACAACUAAACACCUUUUUUGUAUCUCAAAGUUGACCAUAAUUAGAUUUUUAGAAGUCAAUAAAAUCUUGUAUUACAUUCUAACAAUGUAUCAUGAAAACAUAAUUGUAAUGCACUUGACGGAGAGGAUUUAACCGUCUCUGUUCUGUGAGCAGCCCUCCUUUUGAAAGAUUCACAAGGUAUGAGUUUAUGACUGGACUUCUGUCUUUAUGAUGUAAGCGUCUUUUCUGAACACACAUCGACCUGCUAUGUUUAAUGUAUGUGUGCAUAUAUUGACAAUCGUCUGCCCCUUCCGUUUCUCCAGCUGGACUUUGGACAGAACUAUUUGUCUUUGGUGCACUGGACAGACUACAGAGAACCACACAGAGCAUAUAUUUGAUGAGCGAACGUGUUGAUUUAUGCUCCAAAUUGGCUCUCUGUUAGAGUGUGUGUGUGUGUAUGUGUGUGUUUGUUGAAAUGGGAAUAUUUGUUCUGAUGAAAAAUGCAGAAAGUCAGCUGAAUAAAUAAUGUGAGGAAUUUCUGUAGCCUCUCAUCAUGGCCAAA